AUGGCAUCUCUUAUUAAAAGUCAAAUUGGUUAUAAAGAAACAUUAAAACGUGCUUAUCAGAAUUUCCGAAAAUCUCCAAAAGAUAGACUGGCCAAAGUUUCCUAUAUUAAAACGAAAUUAGAAUUGUUAGAAAGUGAUUGGAAAACAGUAACUAAUAAUCAUAACAGGAUUUUAGAGAAUUUUGAUAGCACAAUUGAAGAAGAAUAUUUAAAUGUAUAUGAAGAGUUGGAGGACACAUACUUAAAUUAUAAACUUAGUUUAUUGGAUGUGUUGCCCAACUCUGACAAUGUUAUGGAUAAUCCUUGUAUGAAUAAUCAGUCUUGUAAAGGUGAAUCAAAUUUAAGAUUACCAAAAAUUAGUAUUCCUGUAUUUUCGGGAAAUUAUUCAGAUUGGCAAACCUUUAAAGACCUAUUCGAAUCCUUAAUCCAUAACAACACAUCUUAA